CAGAGGAACUGGCUGGGUUUAACAACAGAAAAGGAGAAGAUUAAAAGGAGAACAAAAAGAGACAAGUUUGUUCUCAAGCUGCAAGUCCGACUGAGGAGAACCAGUGGAGUACUUUGAACUCUAAGUGAGUGACAGAGUGAAGUAAUGAACCAAGAAAAUAACUGCAUUACAAGCAUAGAUAAUAUCCAAACAUUUAUUUACAUCCCAGUUUUCAUCAUUGGAAUCAUCCUCAAUGCCUUGGCUUUGAGAGUAUUCUGCUGUAAACUGAACAAAUGGACUGAAACUCGAAUAUACAUGGCCAAUUUAGCCAUUGCAGACUGCUUGAUUCUCUUUACUUUGCCAGUCAAGAUGAUUUCAAAAAGCACACAAGUGAAUACACAGUGCUUAGUCUUGGAAUCAGCAUACUUUAUUAACCGGUACAUGAGUAUAUUCCUUAUUACUAUCAUAGCAGUUGAUCGAUAUAUCACCAUAAGGUACCCCUUCAAAGCAAAGCAAGUUAGGUCCCCUCAGAAAUCAGCUAUGAUCUGUGGGAUUCUCUGGAUCUUAAUUAUAAGUAUAGUGUGCUUACAUAAAUGGUUUGAGAAACGAGAUAAGCCUGGAUGUUGCUUUAAAAAGACUUCCAAAAAGCCAUUCAUAACUGUUCUCGCAUCUACCAUUUGGGGAUUUUUAAUACCCUUAACCAUCCUGAGCUUCUGUUCUAUCCAAAUCACAAAGAAACUCACAAAGAAGAAAAAAUCAGACCCACAUGAAGAAAAGCUCAUGCAGAAAUCAAUCAACAUCAUCUCUGUAAAUAUGGCUGUGUUUAUAAUAUGCUUUUUACCUAUUAAUAUUGCAAACCUCAUUCAGCUCAUAGCUGAUUACAGUAACGCCACCUGGAUUACAGCAAAGAAUAUCGAAACCAUUGUAAAUGUUGCUGGAAUUAUUGCUAAUACCAACUGCUGCUUGGAUGCCAUUUGCUAUUACUUUGUAAACAAGGAGUUUCAAGAGGCUGCCAAGGAACUAGCACCCAAAUAUUUCUCAGAUGAUAAUCAAAGCUCUGAAAACCAAAACUCUGAAAUUAUGUAG